AUGUUAUCACCACUCGAACAAUUACCACAUGAAAUACUCACCAACAUCUUCUCCUUCCUCCUACCAGGACCACUUGAUCACGAUGUGGAUAUUAAUAUUUACAACAUAAUGGCGAGUGAUAUUUUGCCAUUAAACCAUACAUGUUCAACAUUUAGGAAUGUCAUUCGGAAUAAUGAAGAACUUUGGAAAUAUUGCUUCUUUGAUCUACUUUACGGAUGGAUGGAGUGUAGAAAUUACUUUUCAAAAGAUAUUUCUGUCUUGAUGAGAGAAGGAAAUGGGCAUGAAAUGAAAAAUUCUAAAAUUCUGGAACGCCAAUGUUUCAUUUAUGAAAUUGGCUAUCACACCUUGAUGAAGUUUAUACGGCAGAUAGCAGGUGAAUCCUCAAAGAUCAUUCAACGCAUGACCCUUCAGCAUCCACCAACAUGUUUACAUCAAAUUUCUCAAUUAGAGAGAAAUUUAAAAGUCGAUGACAGUAGUACCAACAUAGCUGACUUGAUUCAACAACAGCUAUCAACCAGUACGUUAGUCGAAUGGGUGGACCUUGUAUUUACUGAUUUGGCAAAUAUUAGACAAUUGGUGUUUAUGAGCUCACCUAUUGCCAACGAUCGUCAAGUGAUAACUCCUUCAAACGCCAAUACUUUAUCAAAACUAGAAAAUCUUUCUAUCUAUAUGGAAGAUUGUACCACAAUGUUGCCAAUUCUAGUGUGCCGUGAUCAGUGUAUUCUUAAGAAAUUAAGUCUUUCUGUCAACGAAAAUCUCAAAGACGCUCUUCAAAAAAUUUCCAAUUUUGCCUCUCGCUCAGAAUUGUUCAGAACUGGAUUAACAGAAUUCGAGGUGACCAAUGUUAUGCCUUUGGAUCAACUUUUACAAUAUCGCUCUUGGAACAAAUCAUUAGUGAAUUUUUGUUUUUUUUCAGAGAUGCAUGAAAUACCAUUGCUGAAUCAAUUUGAUAAUAUUCAAUAUUUAUCAUGUAUGACCUCAGGUCAACGAGAUAUUUGCUUGGAUUCGAACCUCCAUUUACCAAAUCUAACAGUUUUAAACUUAUCUGGAGACAUUAAUCAUCUAACAAUUCGUGACCUCAAUACUCCAAAAUUAGAAUCCUUAACUCUUUGCUGCAACAGCUGUACAUUCUCUGAAGAUCAAUACUUUCCAUCAUUAAUUUCACUUUCAUGUUUCAAAAUGAAUUAUAACCAAACGAUUGAGAGGUUUAUUUUCAAGCACAAAACACAGCUCCACACCCUUGAUUUACAAGACAAUGACAUGGAUUCAUUAGCACCAAUUGUUAUUAAUGAGGAUUUUUCUUCUGUGAAACAAAUUUCAUUGCGCAAUAUUAAGAAGGCCCGUAUUGAAACAAAAGAUACACUCACUCAACUCACACUCGACCAAUGUGAGCACAUUCAAAUACAUGUGAAGCGUAUUGAUCUGUUUGAACUUUUAUCAUCAACCAAAGAAGUGAUUUUUAUGGGAGACACGAUCAUAGAGAAAUUGUGUUCGUUUGUGAAUUUUUCAGAAUUGCUAUCAAUACGCCAUGAAGGACCUGGUACAAAGAUUCGAGUGAAAGAAAUGAAGGUACAAUUGAGUCAACCUAUUGAGGCCUCCCAUAUUCAGCAUUUUUCUGCUAAUUUCUUCAACAUUGAGACCAUUAAGGGAUAUUUUCAAGUGAGUGAUAUUACGGGUCGAUUUUCAUUAUCUCUUGACAAUAAUUUUGAUAAGUUGAAUGAAUUGAAUAAUAUCACGAUGUGGGAACAAUUGGGAGGAAUUCUUUCGAGUGAUUAUGUGCACUCUCUUGAGAUUAUUCAAACUCCACCUUCAAUGUGCCAUGUGAAAAAUUGCAAGUCUUUGGAAAACAUUAUGGUUCUCACUAAUCUGAACGUGCUCAUUGAUUGGGAAAAUCUUAAUAUGGAACAUCACCAUGAGAUGACUGUUUCGUGUGACAUGUAUGCAUUUCCAUCAUUAAUCGAAGCAUCGCUCAUUCACACAAGCAACACCGUUUUUGAGAGAAUUGUAAAUCUCACCUUGUCUCGAGGUUGUUUUUGCAUUGAUAUUCAUGCAUUUCCCAAUUUACGAACUUUUAACUUGGAAAAUUGUACCCAGGAUUUUGGUAACAUUCUCAUCAUGAGUGGAGACAAGAUUCACAAAACAAUCAAAUUCAUUUAUGUACGCAAUGUUCAUUUCCAAACGCUUCAAAUGAAAAUCAAUGCUCCCAAUUUGCGACAGUGUGUCAUUUUGGAUGUUCAAGUGGAGUCUACGGAUCAAAGAAAUUGGAAUGACCCUCGCUCACACGUAAAACUCGUUCACACGCCACGUUUGUUAUUUAAAAUUUUAGAACUUUAA